AUGUGUCGUCAGCACCGGUCAAUAAAGAUGAUUUUGGUUGGGGAUCUAAACCAGAUGUGUCGUCAGCACCGGUUGAUAAAGAUAAUGGAUUUGGUUGGGGAUCUAAACCAGAUGUGUUGUCAACACCGGUUAAUAAAGAUAAUGGCUUUGGUCGGGGAUCUAAACCAGAUGUGUCGUCAGCACCGGUCAAUAAAGAUGAUUUUGGUUGGGGAGCUAAACCAGCUGUGUUGUCAGCACCGGUUAAUAAAGAUAAUGGAUUUGGUCGGGGAUCUAAACCAGAUGUAUCGUCAGCACCAGUUAAUAAAGAUGAUUUUGGUUGGGGAUCUAAACCAGAUGUAUCGUCAGCACCGGUUAAUAAAGAUAAUGGAUUUGGUUGGGGAUCUAAACCAGAUGUGUCGUCAGCACCGGUUAAUAAAGAUGACGGAUUUGGUUGGGGAUCUAAACCAGAUGUAUCGUCAGCAUCGAUUAAUAAAGAUGACGGAUUUGGUUGGAGAUCUAAACCAGAUGUGUCGUCAGCAUCGAUUAAUAAAGAUAAUGGAUUUGGUUGGGGAUCUAAACCAGAUGUUUCGCCAGCACCGAUUGAUAAAGAUAACGAAUUUGGUUCGGGAUCUAAACCAGAUAUGUCGUCAGCAUCUUUUAAUAACGAUAAAAACUGGCCUCAGAAAGCUCCUUCAAAUCAAAUAUCCGAUUCUAAUUGGGAUGCUAUUCCAGCAAUUGAGAGCGGCGGUGAUAAUUGGACGAAACAGGCCGCCACAUUUGAAGCUCAGCUCAAAAAAAAAGAUAAUCAAACAAAUGAUACCAAUAAAGUUUCUGGAUUUGGUUGGGGAGCUCCUCAAGUUAGCAGUGACAACGACUGGACGAAACAGGCUGCUAGCUUCGAGGCUCAGUUAAAUCAAAAAGGUGGUUCUGAUUUUUCAAAGGACAAUAAUAAUUAUGGUGGAAAUUACGGCGGAAAUGGUUUCAAUGCUAAUGAUAAUUAUAGCAAUUCUUAUUCAGCUGGCGGUGGUGGUGGUGCUAGUUUUGGAGGAGGCCGAGCUUGUCACAAUUGCGGUCACUUCGCCCGUGAAUGUCCUAACAAGAAAAAAGGUGGUGGAGCUUGUCAUAAAUGUGGGGAAGAAGGACAUUUUGCACGCGAAUGUACCAAUAAACCAAAUUGGCAAGAAGGUAGUUCUGGAGGUUACCGAGGCGGUGUAUGUUAUCGAUGUCAAAAGCCGGGCCAUAUAUCGAAAGAUUGUCCAGAAUAUCAACCCGGCGAAGAAGGCAGCUUCAAGCCACGAACUAGACCAUCAUUGAGUCCUUGGACAAAUCCUAUCCCAGCUACACUUUCGCCAGAAGCCGCCUGGCAAAAUAUAUUACAAGCCUGUCGCGAAAAUGACAUCGAUGACUUCAGAGAGGCUUUUGAAGAAUAUGCAAAAUCAUCUUCAGACCAAACCUUCCAAAGCAUCGAAACGAAAUUGAGGCAAACCGAUUGUCGAGGUAGAAUUGUAGCUUUGGGGCGGGAAAUUCCUUUGGAUAAAGUUUUAAUCGAUCUGCAAGGAAACACCGGCAAAAUGUAUGUGGCGACUCUUAUAAUAGGAGAUAUUUCGCGAGUUCGUAAAACGGCCGGUACUCUUCCUUCUUCGCAAGAAGAGAAUUUAAAAUGGCUAGCAGAUUCCGGAGAUUGUCAAGAGCCCAAGAAGGAAAUUGAAAAGAAGCCCCCUAUGAGCUGUCAAAACUGUAGAUCAGAGCUACACGCUACUAGAGAUUGCAACGAAGAAUUAAAAGAUCUUAAUGUUGAACCACGAGGAGGACGUGGCGAUCGUAAUUGCUUCAAAUGCGGAUCUGCUGACCAUAUUUCAAGAGAUUGUACCGAGAGUGAGACACGAAAUAACAGUGGUGCUGGAUUUGCAUGCCAUAAUUGUGGCGGCGAAGGACACAUGUCUCGCGAUUGUACUGAACCAAAGAAACAAAGACUUUUAACCUGUAACAAAUGCGGUCAAGAAGGCCAUUUUGCUCGAGAAUGUACUUCUGACGGGGGAAAACAAAAUAACUACGGAGACUCUUAUGGUGCUAGCGGCGGUGAUUCAUAUAACGAUUUCGGUACGGGCUAUAAAGACACUUUUUCUGGUACUUGGGAUCCGAAUAAUGUGCCGUGGAACAACAACAAUAAUUUUUCAACAAAGAGAGGUACUUCUUCCUCUUCUAAUCAAGAUUUCCCGUCCUGGGAUAAUAAUAAUCAGGCACCACCAAGUCGUCAAGGUGUUCCUUCCUGGGAUAACAAUAAUAAUUUUUCAGCCAAGAGAGGUGCUUCUCCUUCUAAACAAGGUUUCUCAUCCUGGGAUAAUAAUAAUAAUCCAAGUCAUCAAGGUAUCUCUUCCUGGGAUAAACGUAAUGAUUCCCCUUCCAGUCAAACUCCAAGUCGUCAAGUCUCAUCCUGGGAUAAUAAUAUCACUUCACCAAAACCAAGCAUUUCGUCUUGGGAUAAUAAUGAUCAUCAAACUCCUCCAACUCAUCAAGGUGCCCCAUCCUGGGAUAACAACAAUAACAUCUCCACUGCACAAAAACCCUCGACUCGGAAUAAUCAGACUUCAAGUCUACCAGCACCCCCGACUUCGUGGGAUUAUAACAACCAGAACCAAACUCCUUCACGGAAAGUUGCAGAUAAAAAAUCUGAACCAGACGAAUUACCGUGGAAGAAGAAUAAUAGUCAAAAACCAGCUGAACAGAGCCAGCAAUCUGAAUCAAUGCCAUGGAACAACAAUCACUCUACAACAGCCUCCUCAUGGAAUAAUAAACGCAAAGAAGCUCAACAAGAAGAAAUGCCAUGGAAAAACAAUAAUAGUCGUGCUGAUCCGCCGGCUAUUGAUUCGCGGGAAAACCGACCUAACAACCAAAAUCCACGGGGUUCGCGACCUGUUGUAAAUCUUCCUAAUACAUCGGCAAAUAACCAAGAUACUCGGAAUUCCCAACCUACAUGGGAUAGUAAGGUACCAAAUACAACUUCCAAUCAAGGUUCUUGGGAUGGCCGUCCUACAUGGGAUAGUAAGGUACCAAAUACAACUUCCAAUCAAGGUUCUUGGGAUGGCCGUCCGACAUGGGAUAGUAAGGUACCAAAUACAACUUCCAAUCAAGGUUCUUGGGAUGGCCGUCCUACAUGGGAUACAAAUACUUCUUCAGGUCCAGCUACAACUCAAGAUCCAUGGGAUGCUCGAACAAGCACUCGAAGUCAAACUUCUCAAGACUAUGACAUGACUCCACGUGGUCGAACUAAUCAACCAAAAGCAGUUUGGGGUAAAAACCAGGAACUUCAAUUCUUACAAAAAAAUGAAAAUGACGAUCAAAGUGAUGGUUUCGCUGGACCUAACAGUCAAAAUAGAGGAGCUGGUGGAUCUCAACAGGAUAAAAAAUUCGGUCAAGAUAACCAAACUAAAUGGUGGUAA